GGGGAAGUGUUGGUGUGAAGCAGAGCAGCAGGAGAACUGAUCUGCAGAAUUGUCAUCAAUGAAGUGUGAUGUCUGUGAUCACUUAAGCACACAGCACAUCGCGUCCUGACAGAGUGAUGGCAGGAACUUCGAGACAUGAUCGAGAGAUGGCCCUGAAUGCAAAGAGGAAGCUGAAGGAGUGUUCUGACCCAGUGGAGAAGCUGAGACUGCAGUGCCUGACCCGAGGUUCAUCUGGAAUCAAGGCUCUGGGCAAAACCUUCAAAAUAAUGGAUGAUAACAAUAACCGCUCCUUGGAUUUCAAAGAGUUUCUGAAGGGCUUGAAUGAUUAUGGAAUUCUGAUUGAGAAGGAUGAAGCCACAGCGAUGUUCCAACACUUUGAUCGCAAUGGGAACGGGACCAUUGACUUUGACGAGUUUCUCACAGCUCUCAGGCCACCGAUGUCGAAGGCCAGGAAGGAGGUGGUCAUGCAAGCAUUCCGAAAGUUGGAUAAGACAGGUGAUGGGGUGAUCACUGUGGAAGACCUGAGGGGGGUUUAUAACGCCAAGCACCACCCCAAGUACCAAAACGGGGAGUGGACAGAGGAUCAAGUAUUCCGGAUAUUCCUAGACAGUUUUGACUCACCUUAUGACAAAGAUGGAAAGGUGACCCAGGAGGAGUUUCUGAAUUAUUAUUCUGGUGUGAGUGCGUCCAUCGACACAGACGUCUACUUUAUUGUGAUGAUGAGAAAUGCCUGGAAACUUUGACUUAAGUCUCCUGGCAUCAUAAUGGUUACCAAAGAUGAGUUCAUCAGCUAUUACUGCGGUGCGAGCGCCUCCAUCGACAGUGAAGUCUACUUUAUUCUUGUGAUGAAAAACACCUGGAAGCUCUGAGUCUGAACUGAAACACUUUGCUUGUUGCCACACG